AUUCGACUGUCGUGCAGCGUCGUCCACUUUGCCUCUGUUUCCUUGCUUCAGAUCGUUUUGUGUGUGUGCGCGAUUGACGAUUGGUGUGUGGAAUAGGUCGGUUUUGAUGCUGACAAAACGUUUUCCCCUAGCACUUUUUAUCAAUAUCCAUUGUCUGCGGUUUCGCAACAACUCUUGCGCUGGUUGCCUUUACCACUGGCAGCACCACAAACACGCUUUGCAGAAUCGUGGCGUGCACGGACACUCGCCCUAAUCGUGAGGACAAACAUCCUGGAAGAUUCCACCACCCCCAAGACCUAAGGGCACGAAAUCUAUCUUCUGUUACGGCGAAUGGCGAAUGUUGAAAGAGAAGACAACAUGUUGAAUGAAGAACAGGAAUCAUCGCAAUCCAACAGUAGCAAUGGCUCGAGUAGUGUUGUGCAGCCGUCCAGCUUCCAGCUGAAAUCCAGCGUCCUACGACAGUCCACCUUUGGCGGGUCUUCGUUUCUCGGUGGCGGCGGCGGCGGUGGUGGUGGAUCUUCGUCGAGCAACAGCAUAUCAUCGUCCCCAUCGCUCGCCGGGUCCGUCGGCGGCACCGGUGCCAGCAGCUUAGGCAACAGCUUUAACCUGAAACCGAGCGUUCUCAAACCAUCACAGCUCACCUUUGGCGGAAUCGGCGGCAUCAAAGAAGGCAACGGAGCGGCAGACAAGAAUGGCAACGACGCGGUCGGCAUCGCCUCCACGAACCCCUUCCUGAAGACGCAGUUCAGCGAGGAGGAACCAUCGGAGUCGGAUGCGAAAGCCAGCUCGGCAGAAAGUAGCAAAUCGGGCACCGAAAAUCGGGAUGGCGCUGGCGAUAGUAACAGCAGCAACAAUAUCGAUCCACUGGCAAAGUUAAAGAGUGCCUCCCUGCCAAAAUCGAAUCUGUUUGCGAACGUUAAGAAAUCGACGCUCAGUGAAGCUUCGUGCGGUUUUGUGUUCGGCCAGAACGUGCAUGAGCGCGUGACGGGUGAAAAUCUGAGCAACGCCGCUAGUGGAAACAAUCUACCGACCACGGGCUUUUCUUUUGCCACGAGCGUUGCUGCAACGGCGGGUGACAGUGGAGCGGCGGGAGGUGGUACGGUCAAUACGACUAGCGCCGCAGCAAACGCAACGGGAACGACACCCGGCAAGGAAGGAUCAGACUCAUCCGACGGCAGUAGCCGGGAGCCAAAGGAUCGCGAAAGCCUGGAGGAAGCUGCUCGCCGGUACGAGGAAAGCCGGGGUGCUCUGAAACGCAAGUACGAGGAGGUGGAAACGAUCACGGGCGAGGAGGAUGAGCGGAAUGUGGUCGAAAUCAAUUGCAAGCUGUUUGCGUUUGCCAAGUCGAACUGGGAGGAGCGUGGCCACGGUACGCUGAGACUUAACGACAAAGACAACAAUGAAUCUCGCGUUGUGUUUCGACAGUCUGGAAAUCUGCGUGUUUUAAUUAACACUAAGGUAUGGGCCGGUAUGGUCGCACAACAACCGAGUCAAAAAAGUCUACGUCUCACAGCGAUCGACAGUUCUGGACAGAUAAAAGUAUUUCUUGUGAUGUCCCGCCCGGAUGUGAUUACGAAACUCCACAAAGAGCUGUCGAAGCGCAUCGAAACGGCAAAACAAACGGCCGAGUUGGAAGCGGCGAAGGAAAACAAAGACGACAACAAGCCACCCGUCAUUCCGGCCGAUCCCGCUAGCAUAGACGGUGCGGAUGCGGACGACGGUUCCACAAUACCGGUGCCGGUGGACACGGAAACUCUAGUCCCGAGCGUCGAUACGGAGGAACCGUGUCCGAAGAAGCGCGCCAGCAUAACAUCAUCGCCACCCUCCUCUUAAAGGGUAGAAGAGUGGACGAGCCAUCCCGCGCGUACUGUCUGUAGCGUAUUCUGACCGCUUCCCUCCUUACGAACCCCACCCCUUCCCCCCUAUCCCCUUCCGAUUGUCGUACUAUGAAUGUCGUUUUUCUAAUGCAUCUCUGCGGGAUUUCCUAAUGUUUAAGAUGAUACGGUAGCACUUCUGGCGGUUCCUUGAAAGUGUUUUUGUUUUUGCUUUCCUUUUCAUUAUUCUGGUAAAUUCCCGGCGUCUGUUUCAGUGUGAGCAAUGGACUGACUGUUACUGUAAGUGAGGUGCAUGAAAUCGAUAGAAACCAAUACGUGAAGUAAGUAAACGAAUACCUUUAAAGAAGCGAAGCAAAUGCUAAAUUAAUCGGACAUUCUCCAUAAAGCAAACGAAAUGAAAGUGUAUGUGUGUAAAGGCGAUAGAGACUUGCGCUACUUGUGCGAUCAACUACUACUAGUUCGGUCGUGCGAUCAACUACUACUAGCUCGGUCAAUAGCGGAUACGGAAAAAGCCAGUUUUUCGUAAACUACGUCGUACGGAGCAGAACAUUAACAGCAUUGUUGUGAACAAACAAGUAGUUGCGGUAGUAUUGGUUAGAGCCAAUAGUGUGAGUGAACGCACCUUUAGAUACGAUACGAGAUACGCACGGCAAACAAACAAGCAAACAAACAAACAAUACAAUACAAUUUGUGUGUGGAAAUGUGUUUCAUUAAGCUGCAAACAGUUUGCGUGGGCUCAGUUUGUUUUGAAAUGCUGUUUUCAAAAUGCCCCGGCGUAGUAAAACAUCAAAACCCAUCAAACAAUCAGCAAAAAGGCUCGAAAGUGUAGAAAAUGGAACGUGAAGGAACGAAUUGCUUAAUUAGAGAAGGUUCGUGUUGGCAGGAUUAGGCUACGGAUAGUGGGGAAAAUUGGAAAAGAGCAAAUCCCGAUUGUGCAAAGGGGAUUUAGAGUGGCAAACAGGCGUUUACCGGCGUUUAUGAGCGCUCAUGUGUUCACCAGUCGUGGUCAAUAGUAAAGGGGGUUUGAAGAAAUGGUUUUGCGAUCAUUGCGUAGUACGAACACUUUCGCUUUAUCCUUGUUUCACGGUGUUUUUGUUAAACUAUCGGUCUAAAUUUAGUUGUUUUUGUUUUUAAAUUUGAAUAUCUUUUUUCGAAGUCCCUUGCGUUGGACUGUGGCAGCGCGCUUUGUGGAUUAAGAGGACUCACACUUUUGAAAAAUUAUCCCCAUUCUUUAGAAGAGACUGCUCUUGGCUUACAGGCACGAAAUUGUUUCGCAUUACUACUUCCGUGACGGCAAGAACAAAAGCAAGCGCACGGAGUGAGUGUUACUGAUUUAUUAUAGCAAACCCUGAACCAAUUCUACAAACGUACAGAAACUCAAAAAACAUGGAUAAAGAAGAAUAAAGAAGGAUCGUAUUAAAUUAA